CUUUGGGUACGGUUGCUGGCGUAGCCAAGAUGGCGUCGAGCGGCGGAGAAGGCAACGAGGGAGACGAGAAAAAUGGGGAGGGGCAAGGCGCAGGCGACGGCGAAGCAUUGAGCAAAGCUGAUGGGGGUGGUGCUGUCGAUGAUGACCCUGAUGCCGAGAGUAACGAUUGCUCCAUGUGGGUGGAGACAACAGACGGAGAGGUCUUCAAGCCGGAUGCCGUAGUGCUCGCCGUCGGCAUAACAGCCGCCAAGGCAUUGGUCCGGAGUUCCCCCGAGCUGGUGUCGCAGCCAGAAUUCCAGGCGCUCUCUAACCUCAGGGGGGUCGACGUUGUCGCCACUCGACUGUUCUUCGACAAGAGGGUCGACAUACCAAGAGCGGCAUCCGUGGCGGGCGGCGGGUUAGCUCCCGGGUUGGAGACGGCGGGUCUGACCUUUUAUCAUCUCAACGAGCUGCAGGACGCUUAUCGCUCUGAGGAGGCCUCAGUCGUGGAGGUUGACAUGUACCACGCCAGCCCUCUGCUACCGAUGAGCGAUGAAGGCAUCAUGGAGACCGCCCUUGAAGCCCUCAACCAGGCGCUCCCCGAGCUAGGCGUUACGAGCGACAUGCUUGAAGACUUUGCGGUGGUCCGUGCACCUCAGGCGGUCAGCCACUUCUUCCCUGGCGCUUUCCAACACUUGCCCCGGAUUCAGCCGUCAGCGGAGCUCCCGUUGGUGUUCAUGUGCGGCGAUUGGGUAUGCCGAGGAGGACACCGAUCGUGGUCACAGGAAAAGGCUCUUGUGGAAGGGAGGAGAGCAGCAGCUGCCGUCUGCAAACAGCUCGGCGUUCGAGAGGGCUACUACCCGAGCAUUCUCCCCAUCGAGGAAGACGAACCUCAUGUUAGGCUGGGCCGUUCGGCUUUCCGGAGGCUGAGAUCGACAUCUUUGCCAAGCCGAGCGACAGUUGGUGUGUUGCUUGGCUGAUGGCUUGCCCAUGGCCUAAGCUCGAACGUGUUGCAGGACGGGCGCAUAUUUCCCGAAUAUUGUGCGCGACGUAGAAUUUGCCACCAAUCCUGAAGAAAGUACGGGAAAACGAAAUACAGCUCCGUUGGGCUUAGGAGGGGAAUCGAGUCAAGGAUGAGCGGGCGAUCGAUUUCCCUGAAUGGUUUCAGGUAGUGCCUUCAUAAUACCCGGGCACGACCAACCUUGUGUUUAUUAUGCGUAUGCGCGAUAUAAUUAUGUAUUGACACAAAGGCUCCGUACUCGAUCGCCCAAGGCAUCCUUGUCCUUUGAAACGGCCUGGAGAGGAAGCCCUUGGACCGAACGCUGUUUCGAAACUAGCAAUGCAAUGUUGUGGGGAAAGAGAGUUUAACAGUGGUUCCAAGAGAACUGGUGAGGGUAUGUGGUUUAGGAGGUCCGUAUUCUGCUUGGCUUCUAUGGGUUUCUUGUGAAAACAUGGCCCGAUGACUGAGACAUUCAUUGCAGGAUUGAAUUCUUCCGUGCACACUUUUUUGAAAGUGUUGUGCGGCAGUUUCUAGGCACACCGUGAUCGACGUGCAUGCACACCGCGACUACCUGAGCCACAGGCUGAUCAACAGGAGGAGAUUCACGAUGUACUUGAGCUGGAUAAUCCAUGUCAAGGCGACCGAUACGGUGGCCAGGCAGCGUGCAGAGCACCCGAAUGGUGGCGACGGCUGCGUCUCCCUCCUGGAAGCCUAUCAGAACACAGCCUGGAAUUCAUUUCUGAAUUUCUAGACCUCUUUUUCGCCGACCCUGCUGCCGAUCGUCCUACCAAACGCCGUGGAUGAAAUGUCACUAAAUAUUCCUCAACAAUUUGAGAAAGAUAGGGAGAGAAAGACAAACACCACCACACGCGAACAAUCUACACAAUCUACACAGAUAGGCUCCCAAGGUCAUGAGGCCAAAUUUCUUCUUCUCGAUGGGCGUCCGAAAAAGCGAAGCGCUUCUAUUUAUUUCCAAAUGCAUAACCACCUUGCCACGACACCGCCAUUCCAUCGUGAAAUUCAACAAAUUCCCAAGGUUACAUUAGAAAGAGUAUAUUGACCAAUGGUUCACACCUCACUUCCGUUAUUCUCAUAGGGAUGAUUAGAAGGAACGUUUCGAGCGCCGAAUGUAACCGCAGUACCUUCAGUACACGGCCCGUGUGGGCACGGCUGUCUACCUGCAACCCCCCCCUCAAAAGUGCGGUCCAACAACAGUCCUGUUCGUGACAGUUGCUGCUGUGUGUGUCGACAGAGUGACGUAAAACAAUUUGAUUGGACAGUUUGAAUUGCGGGACUGUCUGCGUUGAAGAUCGUUGAUUGAGUAGCCAGAUAUUAUCAGAACAGCAAGGGACGUUCUGUGGGAAUGUUCUUCGUGGAUGGUGCAUUACCCCGAGUGUGUUCCUUGUGGAUAGUGCAUCAGUCAGAGGAUUCAUGGGGAAGCAGGGAUCGAGCUGGUGCGACAAACAUUGAAUCUGUCAAGAACACUCCUGAUGUAACUCUCUUGAGACAUCUCAAUCGUACCAGCCUCGCGGGGGCGAACGAAUGCGCAACCAAGAAAGAACCUGACCUUCCCAAAUUCUUCGUGGGGAGAGAGUCACCUAGCGCUUUCACAACCAUCUUGGCAAGCCUCUCAAUUCCUGCAUACAGAAUGUCAUCCACAUGAAUCGCAAUCAUACCCAACACCUCGUCUCCCAUCAUGAAACGAAGAACACAGGGGUCUGACACAGACUGUUCGAAACCAAUCCUCUUCAGGUCCGACACAAGUCUCUUGUGAAAUGUUCUAGAUGCCUGUCUCAGUCCAAACAAACUUUUGUCUGAACGGACUACCUU